UUCCGGUUCUUCCUUUCUAGGCAAAGUGAAAGGGCGGCAUGCAAAGCUGGUUCUGUAACUGUAAGAAGUUGGCGGUUUUAUGGAAACUUUGUUAAAAGUAUACGAAUCUUAUUGAGACAAAAAUAACUCACUCGAUUAAGAAUUUUAACAAUUAAAGUUUGUAUUCUGAAUAGAUUUAAUAUAAUAUAUUCUUCUAAUAAUGAGCGAUUUUAUUUGGAGUUUGAAAAAUGGAGAUCUUGAACAAAUAAAAGAUCAUGUAGAAAACAAGAAGGUGGAUAUCAACCAGGCUAUUGAUGGACGGCCCCCAAUUCACUAUGCAUCAGAUUAUGGGCAAACUGAAGUAGUAAAUUAUCUUCUGGAAAAAGGUGCUGAUGUAAAUGCUAAAGACAAGCAUGGAAUCAGUGCUUUAUUAGCAGCCAUAUGGGAAGGCCACACCUCAUGUGUAAAGCUCAUGUUAGAAAAGGGAGCCAAUAAAUCUGGAACAACACCAGAUGGCACUAGUUACCUUGAUGCAGCUGAGAAACAAGAAAUAAAGGACUUGCUCAAGUAGAUCUAUGAAUUUUCUCCAAUGGAGAAAGCUUUAGGUGCUGUGGGUGCUGGGGCUUUGUGCAACAUCUCUUUCUAGAUAUAUAUUUGUUUCACGUUAUAUCUUUCUUCCAUUAUCUAUUUGCACUUAGUCAUAAGGCAACACACAUACAUUGUUAUUUGUUGAGGCUAAACGUUUUCAAAAGUAAACUUCAUUCACUGGAACUUAUUUUGUAAAAUAAAGCGAGAUUUGCUUUUAGGAAGCUACUAAAAUAAUGAACUGACUUUAUUUCUCUUAUUUAAACUCAUAAUGGAUCUUCUACAAGACUUCCCAGUUGAUGGAUGGUUUAUAAAAUUGUGCCUUAUGAAAUAAAUAAAUAAAUAUAUAUGUAAGAAAAGAAAUAUACACAAAUUGUCUUUGUGAUACUUUAACCACAUGAUGGGUCAUUUUAAUAAUAAAACAUAUCUUUUAAAGUGUUUAUGAAUCGCAUUGUAACAUUGUUCAAUGAUAGGUUAUAACACGCAUUUGUAAAUAUUUACUAGAAGUCAAUUUUUUGUUGGUUUUACAUAAAGUUCAAAAAUGACGCAGGUCUUUAAGAAUUGUUUUGCAUCACUUAUAAAACAUAUUAGUUUAAUGACUUUCUUUAAAGUCUAGUUUGAAAUGGUUCAGCAUGAUGUGCACAGUACAUAUCCAGGGAGAUUAGGGUACCUUUUUCUUGUAAAAUUUAUUAAACUAGAAACACCAUUCUCCUUAAAGAAGUAGCCAUGCUUCUUAUGGCAUUAUAACUAUGAUCCUGUGAACUUCAGUUUUCAUUUAAAUUAUAUGGUUUUAUUUGCUCAAGUAAUGAAUGUACCAUUAAGUUGUGAUAUACACUGGACAAUUUUAUAUUGUGGUUCAAAAAUGUUUUCAGGAUUCAAUUACUCAGUUAAGCAGUUCUCUUCAAUAUAUACAUUUUUGGGCAAAUUGUGUCCUAUUUUGUUUUCUGUUAUACACUUGCAUUACAGCUUUUAAUAUCUUUAAAUCUUAUCACUGUUUACAUGAUAUAGUAAGCAUAUAAAAAAGGCAUUAUGUAAUUCUUUAAUCAAUAAAAUGUGGUUUUUAUCUAACAA